UGUGAACUGGCACUCGGCCAGUAGUGCAGGAGACGGUAGGCGAUAUAUAUCCUCAGUCACACGACACAUAAGUGUGGACUACAGACGAUACAAACAGUGUGCAUAUUCAGGGAGGUGGCUUCAAGGGGAUUUACUGCAGUACAAGAAAUGUUGUGGGAAUACAUAAAAUCCGAUGUCUGAAACCGGUGUGUCUCUCCAACGCAACCCGAAACGAAAGCGAAAGUAGGGCCUUGACCCCUGAUACAUCCCAGGACCCAGGAUACUACGAGUCUACGACGUCACUCCAGUGAUGUGACACUUGUAAACUCUGGUCUGGAGGACUGUGCCCGGUAAUACUGUUAGAUAACCGAUCAAUCUUUGAGGCCAUAAACCCGUUGAGGCCCGGCAAAGAAUGCCCCAAGUUCUGUCACACGAACAGAUCAUUGCGCGUUUAUAAAGGGAAAUGACGACCAACGGUGCUCGUGGUAGCUUCCAAGAUGGCGUCUAAUUCUCGCGGGAACCUACGAGAGCACGUGCAGAAACAGCUGCGGAGCAGUAGCUCAGUUGGCAAAGGGACGUUGGGGAAGGUGUACAAGGUCCAAGGAUUUGAUGGCGAGCAGUAUGCCCUGAAAGUCUCGGGAUUUAUCGAUGCCACGGCGGAGGAAGAAAGGUAUCUCCUGGGUGAGGUGGAGACCCUGUCCAGGUUUCAGCACCCCCACAUCGUCCGACACAUAGAUGGGUGGGACACACGUGACAAGCAGGGUCAGCUGCGCGUCUAUAUCCUCAUGGAGUACUGCCCUGGGGGUGACCUCAGGAGUUACCUGAAUAACACACUGGGCCGACCACCGCCGGAAGCUGAGUUUGGAACAUGGCUGGCACAGAUCGCUUCAGGCCUAGACUUUAUCCAUACUAUGGGUGUCCUACAUCGCAACGUGAAGACUCCCAACAUCAUGGUCGGUCACGUGGACGGUCACGUGACGCUCAAGAUUGGUGACUUUGGAAUGUCCAAAAUGCUGCUGCAGCCGGACGCCAUGGCCAGGUCUCAAGUCGGGACCCCGUAUUUUAUGAGCCCGGAGAUCCUGAACGGGCGACAGUACAAUAUGAAGACAGACAUUUGGAGUUUGGGAUGUACCGCGUACGAGAUGGCGACUCUGACAACGCUAUUCCAAGCACAGACCAUCACAACGUUACUUUCUGGGAUCAACAAACACAAGGCAGCGCAAGUCACGAAACAAAUAAAGUACGGCAAAUUCUUCCAAAUGCUGAUCGGUGAUAUGCUACACCAAGACCCCAAAGCGCGUCCUGAUGCUGGGGAAAUACUAACACGUCUCCUUGACGAAGGCUACAAAACGACACACUUGGGUAUGACUGCAAGCUCCACGUUAACGUCAACCACGUCUUCUACAGGGUCAAGGACACGUACUUCCCAAGGUCAAACGGACUCAAAGGUCGCGUUAUGGUCAAGGAUGGACUCCGACACUUCCGGUGUUGUGUCUGACGCCGGUUCGAUGGUGAUUCGCGAAGACGUCUCGAACCCUCACUGGUGCGACAUCGACAAGAAUGACAAGGUUCGGUUAAUGGGAAUGGCGGUUGUUCCGCCGGUCAUACCCCGCUCUGACAGAAGGCCGAGGACUAAAAGCGAGUCUGAUAUGGAUCUGGGUUUGCAGGCGUUUACUGAGAUUCAGAGAAAGAAGAAGCUUUCCAAAUCCGUGACGUUUGACCGGAGAGUGUCGACGUCGGUAAUACCAGAGGUGGCAGGAGAAGACACAGAAGAGAAAGAUGAGGGGAAAGUCGAAGAGUUGCUGUCCUCGGGAGACAAAGGCAGAAUACUUUGUCAAAUUGGCAAGGAGCAAAGUUCCCUGGCCCAGACAAUGGGGGAGGCAGUGUUUACUGCGGCCUUCUCUAAACUGAACAUACGCACGGACGCCAAGAUGGAGAGAGAACUAGCGAGUGUUCUUGGCGAUCAGUAUGAAGAAUUCGGGCCAAGAUUCGUAGUGCUCCGUGCCCUUGAGAGAACUUUUGCUGACCCACAAGAGGAUGGAAGCCAAAGGAAGCGGAAAUCGUUGAACAAGACCAUAUAAGGCCGCAAUAAAUUGAUUAUUCUGUGGACAUUUUGGCCGAAAAGAUUAUAGGGAGUUCAGAUUGUUGUACUUUGAUAUAAACAGUGCAACAGACUAAGGAGUCUAACUUCGAGAUAACAGUAUCUUGAUGUAAACAGUUUUGAGAUAACAGUAUCUUGAUGUAAACAGUUUCGAGAUAACAGUAUCUUGAUGUAAACAGUUUCCAGAAAACAGUAUCUCGACGUAAACAGUUUCCAGAAAACGUCAUCUCGAUGUAAACAGUUUCCAGAAAACGUCAUCUAGAUGUAAACAGUUUCCAGAAAACGUCAUCUCGGUGUAAACAAUUUCCAGAAAACGUCAUAUCGAUGUAAACAGUUUCCAGAAAAGGUCAUCUCGAUGUAAACAGUGUCCAGAAAACGGCAUCUCGAUAUAAACAGUUUGGAGGUAACAGUUUCGAGAAGACGGUGACUGGUGGCACAGUCUCUGUGCAGAGUUGGGUCUCUUAGGCGUUCCUGAAACCUAUGGUCGAGUGUAGGGAAUACAGGGUUCGCUGUUUAAUAUAUUUUCUAGCUUUGUCAGCACUCAGCUCUCGUAAUUUCUGUUGGCGAACUCUUAUGCAACAGCAAUGAAUACAAAUUUUAUUUUGUUUCUUGAUAUGCCAGGUGUAUUCCGCUUAUGAACGAUUACUAGCUUCGAAGGACAAGUGCAGGGGUACCCUUUCAUCCAGACGACGGUACACUGGGUAAUCAAAACGCAUGGAAGCCACGUUUAUGGAAUGACAUGGGCACGAGUAUUCCAUUAUGUUCAGUUAUUCAAGCAAACAUGCGGUAGCAUGAAUCAAAAGCGAAUUCGCCUUAGGGAAAGUCACAUCCAUCACUCCAACGCUGAAGACCCGGGUUAGAAUUGAUCCAAUCUCAUUAAAAUCAGACCUUAGUCCUCGCUACCGCUAAACAAAGAUCUGAGGACAUCCCAUUACGGGUCAGCGCGAACUUUGACCGGCCAAUAGA